AUGGAUUUCUUAUUCGGACGUAAAAAGACGCCUGCCGAGAUGUUGCGUCAACAUCAGCGCACCAUUACCAAAGCUCAACGAGAACUGGAUCGAGAACGAGAGCGAUUGGAACGACAAGAAAAGAAACUUAUUGCCGAUAUCAAAAAGUCUGCCAAAGCAAAUCAAAUGAGUGCUUGCAAAGUGAUGGCCAAGGAUCUCGUACGUACAAGGAGAUAUGUUCAAAAGUUUUAUCAGAUGAAGACACAAUUACAAGCCGUUGGAUUGCGUAUUCAGACCCUACGAUCCAAUCAACAAAUGGCUGAUGCUAUGAAAGGUGCCAGCAAAGCCAUGUCUUCGAUGAAUCGACAAAUGAAUCUACCAAAGAUCCAGCAGAUCAUGAUGGAAUUUGAAAAGGAAAGCGAAGUCAUGGAUAUGAAGGAAGAAAUGAUGGGUGAUGCCAUUGACGAUGUCAUGGAAGAUGAGGAUGAUGAGGUGGAAAGCGAAGAGAUCGUCAACAAGGUCCUAGAUGAAAUUGGUAUCAGCUUGAAUCAAGAGUUGGCAGAAGCACCCACGGGUAUCAAGCAACCAGCAGCAGCAGCACCUGCUGCCGAAAGAGUCCCACAAGCUGAAGGCCUAUCUGCGGAUGAUGCUGCAUUGCAAGCGCGUUUGGAUAACUUGCGACGAGAGUAG